AUGAAGUUCCCAAUCGCUCUCAUUUUCGUACCUGCAAUCACUGGAGUGUAUGCUGGGAUUGUUCCUCGCCAAAAUAAUCAACGGAAAGGUGGUAAUGCUCCAGCCACGGAUCCUCAGAAGUCCUUCAGUGAGCUCAAAUUGGGAUCUCACGCUGCUAUUCCAAUUUCUCUCGAUCCCAAGGUCAUUGCAACAGGAUUUUCGAAUAACGGACAAGACGUCCCCACCGAAGGUCAGGUACCAUCUUUGACGUCGACAAAUAAUUUCAUCAAUUUUUGCCUCACGGUCCCAAAUCUUCCCCUCACCAAUGGCAAACAAAUUGAAACUGGCUCAUGUAACCCCGUUCCUAUUGGCGCUAUUCCGUCAGUAGACAAAAUGCCAUCCUCGAAGUUCACAAACCCGAAGAACGGCGAUGUUAUUGCGCCCAAUGUGCCUUUCACCAUCAGGAUGGCUAUCCGGAAUCUGCAGACAGGCGCUUUUGUUAACGCUCAGCAAAAUUAUUUCGCUGCCCCUCAGCAACUGAACGGGGCCGGAAUCAUCGUCGGUCACUCUCACGUUGUGGUAGAGCAAUUGACGUCACUCUCUCAAACUACCCCAACAGACCCAAGGAAAUUUGCAUUCUUCAAGGGUCUGAAUAACGCAGCUGAGAAUGGCAUUCUCACAGCAGACGUUACAACAGGCUUGCCAGCUGGCGCCUAUCGCCUGUGCUCAAUUAAUGCAGCUGCCAACCAUCAACCAGCCAUAGCCCCAGUCGCUCAACAUGGGUCUCUGGAUGACUGUGUAUAUUUCACUGCUGGUGCCGGUAAUGGCAAUGCAAACACAGGCAACAAUGGCGGCAACAACGGCAAUGGUGGCAACAACGGCAAUGGUGGCAACAACGGCAAUGGUGGCAAUAACGGCAAUGGUGGCAACAACGGCAAUGGUGGCAACAAUGGUAAUGGCGGCAACAACGGCAAUGGUGGCAACAAUGGUAAUGGCGGCAACAACGGUAAUGGCGGCAACAACAAUGGAGGUGGACGUGGCAGAUUUGGAAAUAACCGCGGUCGCGGCGGAUUUAAUCGUGGCCGUGCGCAGUAA